AUGGCCCACCAAUCUUUUGAUUAUAUCGCUUGGCGAUUGUUAAAAUUUCCUGACACUUUGUUUGCUAGACUGUUCAAGGCGAAGUACUUCCGAGACACAUCUAUUCUGUAUGCAAAACCGCAGAAAAAUCAAUCCUUUGGUUGGUCUUCUAUUCUGGUUGGCCUUGAUCUUAUUAAGAAAGGAAUUAGAUUCAAUGUGGGCUCAGGAUCGCAAAUCAAGGCGUUUUCAGAUAAUUGGUUACCUUCUGAUCCACCGAGACCUGCAAGAGGACUGUCUUCUUCAACACUGCUUGUGAGUGAUCUUAUUAACUCUACUUCCAAUAUUCGCAGUUGGAAUGAUGAAGCCUUGGAUGAACAUCUAGAAGUUGAAGAUAAGGCCCUUGCCAAAUCUCUAUUUCUCUCUCAGGAAACAGAGUGUGACAAGGUUUUCUGGCAUUAUACCAACCAUGGAGAAUACUCUAUACGUUCUGGAUAUUAUCUGGCUCGAAAAUUGGAUGAGCUAAGUAACUCUAUGAUAACCCCACCGCAUGGAGAUCCAGGACUUAAAUCAAAAAUCUGGAAACUGCCCAUUUUACCAAAGUUUAAACACUUCUUGUGGAGGAUUGCAUCAAAAGCCAUAAGUACGGCUUCUAGGCUUCGUACCCGUGGCAUCCUUUUGGAUCCAACUUGUCAAAGAUGUGGUAGAGAAGAAGAGACAAUCAAUCAUCUGCUAUUCGAAUGCCCUGUUUCAAAUAUGGUAUGGAGGUUAGCGAAUCUUCCGAUAACCUGUCUUUAUCGACCUUCUUUGGAUUGUGAGGAAAAUAUCAGAGCUUUAGUGGAUAUUCAAAGUCAUCAGGGCAUCUCAGAUCAUCAGAAAAUCCUUCCUUUUUGGAUACUAUGGAGGAUUUGGAAAUCCAGAAACAACUUCAUUUUCAAUAAGCAAAUACCAAAUCCUUCAAAGGAUGUUUCACAGGCAAAUGCGGAAGUUAAAGAAUGGAUAGAGGCUACAAACUCAUCCACAUCGACCCUUGUGCAAAACUUCACUGAUGAUAGAAAUUGUAGCUAUCCCACUUACUGGACUCGUCCUCCUCUUGGAUUUCUGAAGUGUAAUGUUGAUGCCGCUUUUGACCAAACUACAAAGUUCACUUCAGCCGGAUGGAUUGUAAGAGAUGAUUUGGGCAUUGCAAGGAUCUGGGGUUCUGCUCAUUUGGGACUAUCUUCAUCCCCUUUGGAAGCAGAGGGUAAAGCUCUUUUAGCAGCCAUUCAAAAUUCAUUUAUGAUGGGUUUUCGGUCCAUUAUAUUGAAGGAGAUUGCCAAACUCUAA